AUGACUGCCACGACCAAGAAGUCUGCAGUAUUGAUAUUGCAUAUGGACAAGUAUUCGAGCUCCUUGGUUUUAUCUAGACGCUUGGAACAGGUGAUAUGGUCAUUUGCUACGAGGUAUUCAAUUGGUAGCAAGGAGCUGCCUUAUUUCACUACUUGGGUCAAAGAGAUUUUCCACAUAAACUUACUUAAUCAUGUCAAUUCGAAAAGUUGGCCAGAAACUUAUCCAAAAUCCAUCAUCAGUAAUAAAUUCAUGAAAUUUUUGGAAUAUUCGAACAUUGAGUACUCAAUAGAAGGAAUUGAUCGUCUUUUUCGAGCUCAUGGCCAUUCAUUACGAGAAAUUUAUAUGCUCAAGCAAGGCUGGCCUGGAAGAAUUCCAGAUCUUGUAGUCUGGCCACGUAGUCAUAAUGAUGUUUUAAAAGUUAUUCGUGAAUGUUUGAACUAUGAUAUUGUUUGCAUACCGUUUGGUGGUGGUACAUCUGUAAGUGAAGCAUCAAAAUGUCCAGACAAUGAAAAACGGAUGAUAGUUAUUCUGGAUACAACCCAAAUGAAUCGAAUACUGUGGAUUGAUUCAGAAAAUCUUUUGGCAUGCUGUGAAUCUGGAAUUAUAGGACAAGAUCUUGAGCGAGAGCUUAGGUUAAGAGGACUAACAGCUGGUCAUGAACCUGAUUCUUAUGAAUUUUCCAGCUUAGGAGGUUGGAUAGCUACACGUGCAAGUGGAAUGAAAAAAAAUAUAUAUGGCAACAUUGAAGAUCUUGUUGUACGAAUUCGCAUGGUAACAGGGCGAAGUUCAGAAUUGGAAAUGAUUUUGGAACACAGCUCUCAAGUACCACGAACCUCUUGUGGUCCCAAUUUUGAUCACAUCAUUCUUGGUAGUGAAGGAACACUUGGGGUCAUUACCGAAGUGGUACUUAAAGUCAGGCCAUUGCCGAAUACAAUCAAGUACGGUAGCAUUGUUUUCCCAAAUUUUGAAGCUGGAGUAAGCGCACUCCGCAAGGUAGCAAAAGAGCGCUGUCAGCCGGCCAGUAUUCGACUAAUGGACAAUGAACAAUUUAAAUUUGGUCAAGCUCUAAGAGCAGAGUCAUCUUGGGGAAAUCUUGUACUGCAAGGCCUGAAACAUUCAUUUAUUACUCGUAUUAAAGGUUUCAACUUAGACAGCUUAUGCGUGGCCACACUUUUAUUUGAAGGCUAUUCAAGUAAAGACAUUAGUGAGCACGAAAAAAAAAUUUACAAUAUCGUAAGACAUUAUGAUGGUAUUCCUUCAGGAGAAACAAAUGGUGAACGUGGUUAUACUCUUACAUUUGUUAUAGCUUACAUACGUGAUCUAGGUCUUGAUUACAAUGUGUUAGCAGAAAGUUUUGAAACGUCAGUUUCAUGGAAUCGAGCUUCUUCACUAUGUCGUCAUGUCAAGACACGGGUUAUAAAUGAAUGCUUUAAUAGAGGAAUCAAUUAUUUUUUAAUUUCAUGUCGCUUAACGCAGACGUAUGACUCAGGCUGUUGUAUCUAUUUCUACAUGGGUUUUAACUAUGAGGCACUAAGUGAUCCUAUAAAAACUUAUGAAGAAAUUGAGGAAUCAGCCAGGGAAGAGAUACUCGCCUGUGGAGGUAGUCUCUCGCAUCAUCAUGGAAUAGGAAAAAUGAGAGCACGAUUUUACUCGGAAGUAGUAGGAGAAGCAAGCAUAUCUUUGUACAAAGCCACAAAAAAUCAUUUAGAUCCUAAGAACAUUUUUGCUACUGGUAACCUUGACCCUUUGUACAAAUCUAAGCUUUAGUAAUAUUUAACUUUCUGUA